GCUAGGCUGUUGGCCUCACUGUCAGCUACAAAAGGGACGUCUCUUUCCAAAAAUACUCACAAAGCUAACAGCAGCAGGACAGGAAACUUAUUUUAUCUGUAAACUGUCAGCAUUUUCUGUAAACGUCAUGGGGAUAUUGGAUGUUUUUCUCCAGUCCUCCAGUUCUCUCUCCCUGUUGGGGGCUCUGUUGGUCCUGCUGCUCGUCUACCUCAUCUCAUCCUCUAGCUUCACCUCCCAGGAGGAUGGGAAAGAUCCUCCAGGACCAAAACCACUUCCGCUGCUUGGGAAUCUGCUGCAGCUGGACCUCAAGAGACCCUACCAGUCAUUACUGGAGCUUUCCAAGAAAUAUGGGUCAGUGUUCACCGUCUAUCUGGGACCCAAGAAAGUCGUGGUCCUGGCUGGAUACAAGACAGUGAAGGAGGCACUUGUCAAUCAUGCUGAAGAGUUUGGAGACAGAGAUCCAAUACAACUUAUGCAUGAUGCUAGUAAAGGAAAUGGGGUUUUAUGGUCCAAUGGUGAUUCGUGGAAAGAGAUGAGGCGCUUUGCCUUGACCAACCUGAGAGACUUUGGGAUGGGCAAGAAGGCUUGUAAGGACAAAAUCAUUGAGGAAUGUGACUAUCUCAUUGAAGUGUUUAAGAAAUUUAAAGGAGAAGCUUUUGAUACAACUCAACCAAUAAACUAUGCAGUCUCUAACAUUAUCUGCUCAAUUGUUUAUGGCAGCAGAUUUGAAUAUGAUGACCCAGAAUUUACGUCCCUGGUGGAUCGAACAAACAGAAACAUUCAGCUUGCGGGCUCCCCAUCAGUACAGGUGUACAACAUGUUCCCAUGGAUCUGUAACUGGGUUUCUAACAGGAAGGAAAUCCAUAAGUUGACUAGCACCAGUAUUAAACAGAACUUACAGCUGUUCAGUCGUUUGAAAGAGACCCUCAAUCUACAGAUGUGCAGAGGAUUUGUGGAUGCCUUUCUGGUCCGAAAGCAAAAUCUGGAGGAAUCUGGUAUUACCAACAGUGACUUCCACAAUAAUAAUCUUACGAUGAAUCUGUUUGCUGCCGGCACUGAUACAACAGCAACUACGCUGAGAUGGGGACUUCUGCUGAUGGCCAAGUAUCCAAAAAUACAGGACCAGGUCCAGGAGGAGCUGAACAGGGUAAUAGGAAGUCGUCAGGUGCAGGUUAAGGACAGGAAGAACCUGCCCUUCACUGACGCUGUCAUCCAUGAGACACAAAGACUGGCCAACAUCGUCCCCAUGGCACUUCCUCAUAAAACAAACCAAGACAUCACUUUCCAGGGUCACUUCAUUAAGAAGGGGACCACAGUGUAUCCUCUCUUGACUUCUGUCCUGUAUGAUGAGAGUGAGUGGGAGAGCCCACACACCUUUUAUCCUGCCCACUUCCUGGACAAAGAUGGAAAGUUUGUCAAGCGAGAUGCCUUCAUGCCUUUUUCUGCAGGACGCAGGAUUUGUCUUGGAGAAAGUCUGGCCAGGAUUGAGCUCUUCAUCUUCUUCACCACCCUCCUGCAACACUUUCGCUUCUCUCCUGCACCUGGAGUUUCAGAGGAUGAACUGGAUCUGACUCCACGUGUGGGCUUCACCCUCAACCCUUCACCUCAUAAACUGUGCGCUGUUUCCUGUAUGUGAUCUGUAGUAGCUUGAAAAUGCUGCUUUGACUAUGACUUUAAUUCAGAUAUAUUCAAGAAAGUACAGUAGAUUACGUAAUUUGUACAGUGCAAUAUUCCAUGCAGUGCAACAGCAGUGAACAUGUUCCAUAUUUGUCCGUUUGGGUUGCUGUAGAAACAUGGCAAUGUCCAUGUAAGAGGACCCGCGGUGUAUGUAGAUAGACAUGGCUCAUUCUAAGGUAAUAAAAACACAACAAAAAACGUUU